AUGUGCCUAGUAACCAGUUAUUCUGUGAUCAUGGCGCACGCCGGGACGACAGGCCCUCGUUAAAUAUCCUCUUCUUACACCAAAAAUGGCAUUACGCGGGUAGGAAUCCCAAUUUUGGAUCUCUUAAGCCUAUAAUAAAGUUACAAAAAGAUGUAAGAAAGCCUUCGCGAGAGCUGAUGCCCAACGAGUAUCACGCCUGGGCCAAGAACUGACAGCAUAGAGCGUUUUGGAGCCUGAAAAAAGCUUUGCAGUCGAACUUCUGACGCUCAUCACUGCCACCGCUGCGAUAUUUUGACGGAUCACUGGCCCAUGAUGCGUAGGAUAAGGCAAAUUUACAAUAUCUUUGCGUCCAACUUCUGGCUUGAUGAUGGUAAAACAAAGCCUACCUUAACCCCGUUCGGCAUCGCGAUGCCGGAUACAAAAAUAUGACAGUUCGAUGUACGUAGGUUGUUGCUAAAGCUCAAUACCCAGAAAGUCCUCAUGGUAUUUCAACGAUUGUACUGAAACAGUGUGCUGCUGAGUUAACAUUACUCUACCGUGCCUCUUAUUCAUCAGGCUGUGUCCCAUAACCAUAGAAGGAUGCUAAUGUGCAACCGGUUCCCAGAAAAGGAGAUCGGUCAGAUUCCACGAAUUACCGUCCUAUCACUAUAAUCUCGGUACUUAAGAAACAACUACUUAUUACUCUUAGGCUAUUUGUAAGAUCACUCUAUAAUUCACGAUCGGCAUGGGAUGACUCCGCAAAGUAUCUGUUGGAUACCCAGGACAGAUUGCAGCGGCGAGCAGUACCAGUACGCAUCAUAGACGAUGAGGUGCUAACCAACCAUCUUGAACCACUGCGAACGGGGCUUGAUAUUAUCUCACUCAGUGUGUUAGAACACACUUCUCUAUCACGGAGAGUGCUCUGAAGAAUUAUUCAACAUCAUCCCUCCUUCUUUUUCCAUAACAAGUUAGUUAACACGUGCCGGUGUUCGCUGGCAUCCCCAGACUGUUUGUACUAUACCAUCUCGUACAAAAAAAUUCGGCGAAUUCUAUUUUUGCCGUACUAUUAAAAUCUGGAAAAGUAUCUCAACCCACGUGUUUCCAAUUUAUUAUAACCUUGAGUCCUUUAAAAAAAAAGGCUCAUUAAGAGGCCGGCAAGAUAGUGGUGGCUACCAGGAGUAGUUUCGACUUCUGACAGCUAUAACUAUUAUUAGACUGUAAUAUCACUUCCCAUCAGGUGGUCAAAAAACUACUAAUCGAACCAAAUUUCAUGAAAAUUUAAUGAGACCAAGUACUAAGAAAUCAAUAAAAAUCUUAUCAUGGUUUGUUUUGUUAUUCUGCCAUAUGCCUUCAUUAAGGUGUCCCAAAAAAAUUAAAGUCAUAUUUUUUUAAUGCAUACCCUCUUAUUUUGUUUGAAUGCUCUCAAAACAUUUAAUAAUAAAGUUUGAGGAAGUUAGGAUCAUGGCAACCCGUGCCGACUUGCAUCGAUACAAUCGUGUCUGUACUUGUACGAUGUACGAUGGCGAUACGGAAAUCUCGCACUGAUUGCAUGUUAUUACUUGUUUGUUUUAUUAGUAAUCGCAUUAUUAUUGAGCAGUCAAUAUGUCUGUAGAGUUACGGAGUUCGAAAAAGGAGAUUUUUUUAAUAGGCGACAUAAAAUAUCAAAUCACCGGAUCGAAACUUCCCUCUAAUGGACAAGUACUGGCAGUUCUGUUCUAUAAUAUUCGUGAAGUGAAUUUAAGUAUCAAUGAAAGUGCAAAUCUUACUAUUCGUGAGUGCAUUAUUUAUUGGGAAAAGGCACGUAUACCGACUAAAUCAUUACCUAAUUGUGUUAAGAAACUAGUUUCAUUAUAUCAAAUUUGGAGAGAUUUGCAAAAAAAUUCGAAAAAAACACAAGAUGUAUUUAAACAGCGUCGACAAGAAUUUCUUUCAAACUUAAACAAUCUGUUUGACAUUGCUCAUGUCGAUGCGCUUCAGUUAAUAAAAAUAAAUGAAGAUAGAGUUUUCUUGCAGCGCCAAAGAGAACCAGGUCGGCCUGGUCACUUAGCCGGAGUGGACAAAAAAUUAACAGAAAAAGAAGAAAAGACGCGCCUUAGAAACAUUGAGGAGGAAAAGCGACGUGUUAAAUAUCUUUCAUCAUUAGCACCAUCAACAUCAUCUUAUGAACAUCCACAAAGAAAAUCAUCUUCUGAUUCUGAAAUAACAGUUUUACAAGAAAAUAAGUCCAGCUCAAGUGGUAUGUCCUCCAAACCAGAUAAAAUUUGUAUACGAAAAAAUUUCAUGACUCCGAAGUUAGUUGCCGCACUUGAUCGGUGUCAGUUAAGUGUGAGAGAUUCUGUAUUUAUUAUUGAAGCUACUAUUGAGGCACUAGGGCAUAAUACGGAUGAAUUUCCUAUAAGCAAGUCCUCAAUCCAUAGAAUUCGUACAGAAAUGCGAAGAAAGCGGGCUAACGCUAUAAAAAUUAAUUUCAGAUACAAGGUCCCGGAUACGGUAACUGUCCACUGGGAUGGCAAACUAUUGCCGGCUUUAGAUGCACGUAAAUCUAAAGAAGAACGUCUACCGAUAGUUAUAUCAUAUGAUAAUAAUGAACAACUUAUCGCUGUGCCAAAAUUGGUUAAUUCAUCAGGAAGCGAACAGGCACAGGCAGUUUGGAAUGCCAUUAUCGACUGGAAUCUUGAAGACAGAGUGCAGAUUCUCUGUUGUGAUACUACUGCUUCAAAUACAGGCCAUAUUAAUGGUGCAUGUGUGCUUCUUGAACAAAAACUGGGUAGAGAAAUGCUUGUUUUUGCAUGCCGUCACCAUGUCUACGAAUUGGUUUUAAAAAGUGUGUUUGAAGUGAAAAUCAGUCAAGUAACUACAAGCCCAGACAUUCCGCUGUUUAAAAAGUUCCGAGAAAACUGGAAGAAUGUCGAUGCCCAGAAAAUAGAAAUCUGUAGAGAAAAACUAUCUUGUUUAAAUGAUUCAGAAAUUAAUAAACUCAUAGAAUUCUACCGAUCUGAAUUGAUAAAAGAAAUAGCUAGAGACGACUAUCGCGAAUUAAUUGAGCUAUCAAUUAUAUUUCUCGGUGGAGACACAGAGAAGAAAUUUAAGAUUCGGCCUCCAGGUGCUAUGCACCAAGCUCGAUGGAUGGCGAGAGCCAUUUAUUCAUUAAAAAUAUCAUUACUGAGCUCCCAGUUCAACAUUUCAAAUAGGGAUAAAGCAGCACUGUUGGACGUAUGUUUGUUUAUCGUGACAUCCUACGUCAAGCCCUGGCUCCAAUGCAUUUUAGCAGUAAAAGCACCACAUCAGGAUUUGUGCUUUUUGAAGUCGAUGAAAGCUUACGAAUCAAUAGACAAAAGCAUUUCUAAAGCAGCUUUGCAGAAGUUUUGCCAGCAUUUAUGGUACUUGACAGAUGAAGCGUCUGUUUUGUCUUUAUUUGACGAUGAAGUCGAUCAAGAAACGAAAGUUAAAAUGGUUGCUAACUUAGCUAAAGAAAACCCAUCAGCCCAUAUUAAACGAUACAUUGCAUCUAAAGAAGAACUUUGUGGCCCACUUUAUGGUAUGUCUUAUUUGUAAAUUAUGCUUUAAUUUUCUUCUAUGAUUAAUAGUAAUAUUGUUAAUAUAAAAAUAAUACAAUAUGAUCGAUCAGGGGCGGCUUAACCUAUAGUGCAGGGUGUGCAAUGUACACGGGUGCCGCGCGUUGGGUGGCGCCGCGCCGAUGAUGGUUUCUAAUAUAAAUAUGUGUAAAAAGUGGGCUGGGGGGUGCCAGAGCACUACUUGCACCCGGGCGCCUGUCGUGCUUAAGACGAGCCUGAAUAUGAUUAUUAACCGUUCAUUCUAUUUUGAUUUCAGAGAAAAGCAUCGAUGACUUCAUCUCUGUCAAAAGCAAGUUCUUAUUUAAUCGAUUCAAAAUUGAUGAUAGUUUUCUGAACAAAAACCCAUCUUCUUAGUCAAAUGAUGAUUCGUUCCAACAAGCUAAAAAGAAGCUGCUGACACUGAGAGCAGUUAAUGAUACGGCAGAAAGAGCAAUUAAAUUAAUGCAAGAUUUUCAUGGUUUAAUCACUGUUGAAGAGGAGCAAAAACAAUUUUUAUUACGUUGCGUACAAGAACACAGAAACAUAUAUCCUGACUGUAAAAAGCUAACUUUGAAAAAAAACUUUAAUGGUUAAUGCUUCUUUUACUACAAAUAAACAUUAAAUAUUAUAUUUGUGUUUAUUUUACUGAAAUAAACAAUAAACUCUACAAUCUCCUUAUAGCUUCCAUACUAAUUUUUAAACUAAAAACUUUGACGUCAAGUCGGCACGGGUUAUUGUUGUCCGAUCGCAAUAAUAUUUUAUAUUUAAGUUUUU